UGAAUUAAAUAGAAUAUUCAAAAGAUAAAAAAUUAGUCAAUUCUCUUAUAUUAUGGUUACAAACAAGAAAGAAGGAUCAACAAGACUAAAGAUGAUGAGUCCAAAGUGAGGAGACCCCUAAACCUUCUUGGCUUCUUUGAUCAAUCAAGCCACACCACACAGAGAGAAACUGUUCAACCUUCCAACCCCUACUCUUUUUAAUUCUUGAUACGAACGCCUCCACCACCAAGGCACCAAUUUCCUGCUCAACCCCACGAUCAUUUCAGGCACACCCAGAACCCAGUUAGCCUCAAAACCUUUGAAUUCCUUGAAAACAAUCAGAAUCCCUAUUUGGGUAAUCACCAAACAACGUUUUUCUCAACUGGGUCACUCUUCCUUCACCGAAAAGAAAUGAAUUUCAGGAGCUUAGAUGAGUUCUGGGCCUUCUACAUGAGCCAACACUCGAAACCAUCGACAAGGCGUUUGCAUUUUGUGGGGACCCUUGUUAGUAUCAUCUUCCUCAUAAUCUCGGCUCUGUUCAAUUGGUGGCUUCUGAUCUUUGUGCCUCUCUCUGGGUAUGGAUUUGCUUGGUACAGCCAUUUCUUUGUCGAAGGGAAUAUUCCGGCGACGUUUGGGCAUCCGUUUUGGUCUCUGUUAUGUGAUUACAAGAUGUUUGGAUUGAUGCUUACUGGGAAUAUGGACAAAGAGAUCAAGAGGCUUGGAAAGAGGCCUGUGUUCUAAUUGCUUAGAGCUCUUUUAUAAUACUUUGCUGUAAUCAAUUUCUGCUUCUGUAAGCCUUAAUUGGUCUGGUUUGAGUACACCUAUGUUUCUUUUGCUCUGUAUUUGACAAUUUGUUCAAGGCAUCAUUUAGUAGAAAUUGAGCAGGGGAUUCUGAAAUU